GUAAUCUUGGGCUCUGUUUGUUAGCGACAUCUCAUGGAGUUUGUCCCAAUUUGGCAGCACGUGUGUGCAAGUUGUAUAAUUCUUUAUUCUCGCCUGCAAGUUUGCAAACUGGCCGUCGUCGCCGCGAGUAUAUUAAUAACUCUGCACGAAGAAGACCGGUUUGGAAAUAAUUAUCGUGACCCUGCCAAACUUUAGCAAAAGCAGACUCGGUUUCGUUGGGAACAAAAACGACUUCCGAAGCGUCUGGAAUUAAAUAAGAACUAAAUUGCGUCUCUCUCUGAGACAAAACAAAUUUGUUUUGCAACACAAAAACCUUCUGGAUCAGUCCAGGAUGCGUUUCCUCCGAAUCCACUUCCUUCAACAACUCGACCACAAACUUGAAAAAGUAAUUAAAUAAUUAAAUAUUACCCAGAAUGAUAAAUUAACUUGCUAGUUUAAGAGAGAAAAAUUUAAAUGAAUUGAAUCAUGGAAUCAAUUUUAAAUUUGAAUAAAAUUUUAAUUUGAGAAAAAAAAUGAAACGAAUAUAAUCAAAGACAGUUUUUUGAACCCUGAAUAAUGGACGCUAAUUAUACUGAAGCUGGCAGAGCUUGUGCUUGGCCGCCAGCGCUGCGACAAGGUUACGGCCGUGAUUAUGUAAAAGCAAGAGGUGAAAAACGCCAUCGACCCUCCCCCCGUAUAUAAAGGACAAGGGCACUCGACCUGACCCGACCAGUGCACCGCGGAACCUCGCCAUUGUCGCACACGCGUUUCAAUCGCUGCAGUUUUGUGAUUUCCUGUGCGUUUCUGUUGAGGAUUAUCUUUUUUAUUGAGAGAGCAGCAUUGAAGACAAAAAUUUAGGACCAGGAAUGAAAAUGCUGCUGAUGCUGCGUUUCCUUCUGGUUCUGACUUCGCACACUGGGCCGUGCCUGGGCCUGUUCUGCCUGCUCGUGGGCCGCUUCAUCCAAGACUGAUGGCCCAGCUGAGGGAGGCGCUCGCCCUCGCCGAGCAGCUGGCCGCGGGGGCCGUCGUCUCGCCCGCCUCCAAGCGCCGCUUCCAACGCCUCACGCACCAACCGGCCCCCGACCCGGCCGCCCCCACCUUCGUCCCCCCGAAACAACUCCUCCUUUACCUCGUCAGGAUGGGCAGCUUCACGUCGGCGCCCAAGAUCCUGAACCAAGACCUGCAGGACAACGAGGUGCACUUCCCUGAAAGGUUGUCGCGCGACCAGCUGCUGGAGAGGUGCCGUCGCGAGCAGCGACACCUGCCCGUCAAAAGGGCCUUCCGGCCGUGCAAUAACGCCUUGACGGCGGCCAACGGCCACCAGGACGGCGUCCGCGUCCUCCGCUGGAACGUGGUGAGCCGGCGCUGCGGCGACGCCACCAACAGCCCCCACCACCUCCGCGUUCUCCAGUGGAACAUCCUUUCUCAGGCUCUUGGCGAAAUGAAUGACAACUUCGCCUGUUGUCCUGACGAGGCUCUCCAGUGGCCAGCCAGGAGGUACCAGAUUGUGGAAGAGAUCAUAGAAUACUGCCCUGACAUCAUCUGUCUUCAGGAAGUUGACCACUUUAAAUUCCUGAGUGGUGCUCUGGCGUCGCAGGGCUACUCGGGCAUGUUCUUCCCGAAACCAGACUCGCCCUGCCUCUACAUUCAGGGCAACAACGGCCCUGACGGAUGUGCCAUUUUCUUCCGAACUGACAAAUUUGAUCUUCUCAACAAUGACAGUCGCGUUCUAGAAGUCUGGAGCGUCCAAAGCAAUCAGGUUGCUCUGCUGAUAAACCUGCGCAUCAAAGAGACAGGGCGCGAGGUGUGCGUGGCGACGACGCACCUGAAGGCGCGCAACGGUGCCCUCCUGUCCACCCUGAGGGAGGAGCAGGGCAAGGACCUGCUGCGCUUCCUGGAGGAGCGGCGCGACGGCCGGCCGCUUGUCCUGUGCGGCGACUUCAACGCAGAACCCACCGAACCCGUCUACCGCAGCAUCACGGCCCACCCCUCCGAAUUGGGCAGCGCCUACGCCGAAGCGCACCACGGCCGCGAACCUCCCUACACAACCUGGAAGGUGAGAGAGGGCGAGGGCGAAGUGUGCCACACAAUAGACUACGUGUUCUUCUCGCAAAGAGAAUUCGCAGUGGACGCCGUCCUGGACUUCCCCACCGGAGAGGAAAUCGGCCUCGGCAGGAUACCCUCGUUCAUCUACCCCUCAGAUCACUUCUCGUUAGUGUGCGACCUCAGUUUUCGCGACCAGAGAGGCUUGUAGUGAGACAAAUAUGAGUGCAUAUGUGAUUUGAUUUUCCCCUUUGAAAGUUGUAAAAAUGCUGUUUCAAAAUUGUGUGUAUAAGUCAGAUUAAGAGGUAUUUUUAUAUGAAGAUAUGUGAUCUCUCCUUAUUGUAAAUUUUCGUCUUUUAUUAUUAUUGUAACGAACUGCAUCAGUUGAGUUGGUAAUUUUAUUAUUCUGACUUAUUUAUUUCUGCUGUUGCCAUAUUUUCCGACCUAAAGAGUUUAUGUAUGAAUAACAAGAGUGUAAAUGUUGAGGUCUUCCAAAGUACACCAUGAGACCGAUUUAAAUAUAAUUAUGCUAACUUUUUUCCUGAACUAAAAGACGCGAAAUGAAAAGUGUGAUUCAAUUAAUACCAAAUAAGCAAUCAUAACAAAAUAUUUUUCCUUGCAUAAAGAGAGCAAUAAUGGUAAAAAUGACUUGCGAACGGAUAGAGAAGGUUUUUGAUAAAUAAUUAUUUGGCCAUUUUGUUAAAUAUUAUGUAAUAAAUCGAAUUCCAAAAUGUA